ACGAACGACGUGCCCUCCGCACGACCUGUAUAAAGCCAUGGCCAUAGCGAGCGCAUCUAUCGUCAAACACACCACGGCAUCCUCGCCACGACCUCACGUUCUGUAUAUUAUCGAGGUCGUCCACGAGGAUGGUACGCAGGCCGAAGUGCCUAGACGCUACUCCGAGUUCAUUGAGUUGCAUGCCACGCUCGGUGAUCCAGAAACUCUACCACCCAAACGGAUCCUUGUCACGUCCUUCAUCCCAUCAGCAUGGGCAGACGACAAGCUCAUCUCUGAGCGCAAGGAGGGCCUCUCUGACUACCUCUCCAAGCUUCUCGGGUCUCCUACGUACGCCUCGAGCCCCGCUCUGCUCGGCUUUCUAGGUACCACACCGUCUGCUGCUACGACCACGGCAGACUUCAACCUCGAAGACGCACUUCCCUCGACGCUCUCCAGGAACACCGCGUUGCACGCCAUGAAGGAGCUCGAGCGAACAGCGAGCACCACACCCAUAGCUGCAGGAUACUAUCCGGACUGGGCGACUGGGACCAUCGCUCCACAGAACGUCGACUUUUCCAAGUUCGACAUCCUGCUAUUCGCCUUCGCAACGCCGAAUUCCUCCAAUGGGCUGAAUUGGGACUCGGGAGCCACAUCGACGCUGCAGACGCUGGUCAGCAGCGCGCACAACAGUGGGUACGACACGAAAGUGGUUCUCUCCAUCGGCGGCUGGUCGGGAGGCUACUGGUUCUCGCAGGUGAUGAACUCGUCCAACAAUGCGGCAUUCGUCCAGAGUUGCGUCGACGCCGUGAAUACGUACGACCUUGACGGAAUCGACAUCGACUGGGAGUAUCCCAACCAGACCGGAGAUGGCAACCUAUACUCCUCAGACGACGCGGCCAACCUCCUCACGUUCUUCACCUCCCUGCGAUCAGCACUGGGCCGAACAAGAUCAUCUCGGCAGCCGUCAGACGGCAACCCCCUCACAGACGUCUCCGCUUACGCCCAGCAAAUGACUUACGCCAACAUCAUGCCCACAGAACUACGACGUCUUCGGCGCGUCCACGACGUCCCCCGGGCCCAACGCCCCGCUGGGAACCUCUGCGGUAACUCCACGGAGCCGCAGUACAGCGCCGAGGCGGCCUUCUCGCAGUGGACCUCCGCGAAUUUCCCCGCGGGGCAGCUCGUGCUCGGCCUCCCGCUGUACGGGUACGUCUCGCAGAGCAGUGCGACGACGCUCACGGACAUCGAGCUGCCGAAGGCAGACGAGAGCGGGGGUGCUGGGGCUGGACGCGUACCGCCAGCGCGUGCUCGGUAUGGCGGGGAAACGGCCCGAGCGUGUCCGAUCCCGACGGGGGCUACGGGCGAGCGUGCGCAGCCGAACUUCUUGAAGGGCGAGGGGGACGUGGCGAAGGCUCAGGACGCGGGCGACCUGAGCUCGUACUGGGGCCAGGAGAUCGCGUUCAAUCAGAUCGAGUCGAGCACGCGACUUCGUGAGGCAAAUGGGUAUACGAAGUACCUCUAUGACACCGCGCGGACGACGGUCGUGACAUACGACGACACCUACUCCCUCGGGGACAAGGCAUCCUACGCCAAGAGCGCGGGGAUGGCGGGAUGUUUUACGUGGUCGCUCGACCAGGUCAGCCAACGUGUAUGGGUUGAGAUGCUUCCGUGCUCACUGUUCGGCCUCCAGGACUACAACUAUGUCCUGCAGGACGCGAUCCGCUCCAACUUGGGCUUGUCUUGAGCUGAACCGAGCAGUUACGUUCAAAGCAUGUUACGUAUUGUGUUAUUUCUGUUGUUUAUGUCGGGUUGGUGGAGCGAUGGACCACGGUGAUGGUUAUGAGAGUGAGUCGGGGAAUGGACCGUUCGUAGUCAUGAUCUCGCAGUAUUCAAAGCCAGCAGACGAUCGGAAUGUCUAGUCCGACCCAUGAUGCACGACGACUCUAGUGAUGUCGACACCUAUCGCGUCAGUACGUCCGCACCAGAGUCAGUGAUCAAGACCAUAUGUUCAGCCUGCGCGCUCCGAGCGCAGUUCUCCGUGGAUGCCGUCCAGCCAUCUGGGAAUAUCCAUGAUCUUGGGUUUGCACCCUGUACGAUGCAUGGCU